CAAGUUAUACAAAACUUGUCUGUAUAGAGUGUAUUUUUUUUUAUUUGACUCAAAAUUGCAUAGUUUCAUUUUUAAUAAUCUGUUAUAUCAAUUGUGGAUAAACAUAGAAACAGUAAAGAAAACAAUCGUUUUAUUUAUGAUUUUUAAAAGUAUUUGCAUUUAAUAAUUUGCUUCGUCUAUAGAAAAUAUAAUAUUCAAAAAAAAAUGCAGUGGAAUUUUAAGUACUUCACCGAACGAAAUCAAUGAUAAACAGUAAAUUAAAGUAGCUUUAGGGCGAAAGCGAGCGAGAGAAUCUAAGAGAGUGAGAACGAACGCGCGCGCGAGACAGAGAGAGAUAGAAAGAGAUUUGGCCAUCAAUAGUGAAUAUUGAUAGCAGGAAAAAUCAAUAAAUAGUUAAAGUGUAUUUUCAUCUCAUACAAAAUGAGUACAAUUCUUAAUAACGUAUCAACGUCAUUGAUUAUACUAGCUGUUAUAAUUCUCACAUUCGAUUCACAAAGUGGAGCAUUUGCGACUGAACAGAAGCCUGAAUCUCUGCUGUGGCAAAUAAGCUCAACUCAAACACCAAAAAUUUCAACAGUUUUAUCUUCGAUUAACACAUCUACAUCAAUUGGAUCUACGACAUCAUCAACUGAUGCAAUUCUUCCUAACGACGAAGGACUUGAAGGAUCCGGUGGACGUGGAGAAAUUCAUGACGAUUUAGAAAAAGAACCUGAAUAUUCUGGAUCUGGUUUUGGACCUGAUGAUGAGGAUUCAUCUUCAUCAACAACACAUCACCGCAAGAAAGGAGGAUAUAAAUCAAACACAGGCAACAGUGGAUAUAAACCAAUAAAUAGUAAGAACAAAGAAUCUACUCCGGAAAUUGAAAUAAACAAACAAACCGAAAAGCCCACAUUCCCAAUUGAUACGAUUGAUGAAGAUCAGGAACAGGGCUCGGGUAAAGGCGAUGACAUAGAUGGCGAUGACACCGACGAAUUUGAUCAGAAACACCGAAUUGUGCCAGAUGGAGAAGGAGAGGGUGAAAAUGGAGGAAACAAUGUUCUCAUUCCAAGCGGUAAACCCGACUUAAAUAAUCACGGAAAUCCAGAUGAUGGGGAUGGUGACGAUGAUCUCAUUACAGAAAUCGACAAUACCGACGACAUCUCAAUUGACAAACCAAGCAGCGAAACGGAUACUGAUUUGAGUUACGGUGAACAGAACGAAAUUGACUUGGACAAAACCGGAAAAAGUGACACAUCUACUGGUAAACCGUCAUCGGGAAUUGAACAAAGUCACACACCAACUGGAAACGAAGUGUUCAUCAUGGACAAUCGACCCGAAGAUCGAACAACCAGCUUUUUUGCACAACCAGGCAUUUUGGCCGCUGUUAUUGGAGGAGCCGUUGUUGGACUUUUAUGUGCCAUUUUAGUUGUAAUGUUCAUCGUUUAUCGGAUGCGGAAAAAGGAUGAAGGUUCAUAUGCACUGGAUGAACCAAAGCGAUCACCAGCCGUCAAUUCAUAUGCAAAAAAUGCAAAUAAUCGGGAGUUUUAUGCCUGAGAUCAUUUUACAUUAAAUUAAAAGAACACACAGACACACAAAACGAUAUGAAUAUAUACAUGAACAACAACAGUAUAAUUUUUUAGCAUUUGCCAAACAACUUAUAUUUUCAUAGGGAAAAAAGAAACUACGAAAAAAAGUAAAAUAAAUGAAUACUUUAUGUAAUUGAAACAUAUAGCAAAAAAAUGCCAAUGAUCAUAUUAAAAACAAAUUGAUAUUACAAUCACAUUCAAAAUCAAUUAUAUCAAUACGUACUGUAUAGAUGCAUCAACAAAAAAAAACCAAAUAACAAAAAAAUAUUGACAAAUAAAUGGCAUUUGCUCAACAACAAGAAAUUUACACACACAUAAAUUGAUGGCAAUAUGAGAUAUCUAUUUGACAUUUUCUUAGGAAAAUCAUUAUAAAAUUGAAAUGAAAAAUAAUUGACAUUAAAUCUAUUAAUUGAUAAAAACAAACGAGAGAAUUAAUUGAAUGAAAAUGAAGAAUGUAAGAGAAAAAAAAAACAGAAAAAAAUACAAUGAAAAAUCUAUGUGAACUACUAAAAAUAACGAAUAUUUUUUAAUCGAAGAUAUGUUACAGAAGGACAAAAAAAAUCUAGAAAAUUUAUAACAAUUCUUUUGCUAGAGUCGAGGCCGAUAAUCAAGCAAUCUGAUUAUUUCACAAUAUGAAACUUUGGUAUGAAGAAAUACAAAAAAAAAAAUAAUAAUAAAAUUUGAAUAUGUUAUUCAACUUAAAAAAAAUUUAUUGAAUGUGCAUAUUAAACCUUGAUCACAUUUAAAUCAGAUAUGAGGAAUAAAUUCUUGAUUGAGUGCGGCGCGCUUUAUGAUAUAUUUAAUUUUCUUCUUUAUUUUAUCUUACUAGAACACCGCACAACAAAUCUGUUGUCAUUUAGCAUUAAUGACAAAUCUAACAUGAACAUUACUGUCUGAAAAAAACAUUAACAAAACAAAAAUUAUAGAAGUAAAUAUGAAGUUUUAUAUAGUUGUAAUUUUGAAAAAAUGUGGACAUAAUUUUCAAUUUUUUUUGGCAAAAGGCUGACUUGCAUUUCAAGUAUUAAAAAACAAGGCAUAAAUGGGACAAAAAAAAACAUUUAAUUAAAUACCAGUUAGAAAACGAUGGAGUAUAAUAUUUUAAGCAAAACCACAUAGUUUAAUAUGUUCAGAAGUAAAAGAAAAGGAAUUUUUUUUAACAUGUUCCAAAAUACCGAUACAAAAGAGUCAAUCGAAGGCAAUGGAAGCGUAUAGAAAGUGUGUAUACAUUUAUUUCGAUCAAACGCAAUUGUGUUGGAACAUCAAUAAAUAACAUUAAAUAUUCGCACAGUUUGACUUUAUGUGACGUGAAAUGCUGAAAUCCCAAUAAAAACUCAACCCAAAUGAUGCAAAAACAUGCUCGAACAAAUAUACAAUACAAAUUGAUUUCAACCAAAAAUCAUACACACGACGCAUUUAUCAAAGCAUCUUAUUGAACAUUACAAACAAUUAAAAAGAGCUUUGGGUAUAGAUAUUCAAAUUCAUUUGAUAAAAAGUAAUAAAAUUUAUGGCAAACGACAUCAUUUUCUGCGAUGAUUUGCAGAAAAGGGUGUGAGCGUGCGCCAUACGUAUAUAAAUCUACCCAAAUCGUGCGAUUCUUUAUGGCGAUUUCCAUGAAAUUAUAUUUAUUUUUUAUUAACUUAUUUCUUCAAAAUACGUGGGCGCGCUUCGAUUUAUUUCUGCUCCAUAUGCAUAUGAUUAUAACAACAUUUGGGUCACAUGGGUAAAUUUAGUUUCUUUUUUUUCGUUUUAAUCAUUCAAAUUCGAAUAAUUCAACAGUAUUUUUUAGACCUUAGACUAAGAUUCCAGAGAAGGUUUUUUUUUUAUUUUUCAAAAAAUCCAAAUCGUCAUUUGAUUUUUAAAACGUGUCACAAAUAGUUGCUACAUUGGAAUUCAUGCUGAUAUUAAACAACAUCAUAGGGUAUUAGAUAUCAGAUGAUACAAACAGAUACAUACAGAUUACUGUGCCAUACACAAAUCCACACAACAUACCUACAUUAAAAAAAAAA